UAACAGGAGGUGGGGCGCUCCCCAUAAAAACGUAUUCUUAACCAGCUGCACAAAGACCGUGUGCAGUCCCAGUCUCCUCCACGCUGUGAGUGCGCAGCGGCUGCACGGAUCGCUCCUUUUGGACCUAAAAGGGCCACAUUGAAUGAACCUGGACACAUUUGCUGCAGUUUUCUCUCGGCCGAACCCCAAUUUUCUGCUGCGACUGUUCUCCAGAAAAUACUCUAAUCCUCACCCCGAGACGCAUCGGGACCCGUGAACAGAGAAGCUGCGGGAGUGGUCUGGAAACUUUUGCCACAAUGAGCAAGCGAACGGUCAACCUUGAUACCUACAGCCUGUCGCUGCUCACGGCCAAAGAGGACAUCCUCAACCCCCGUUCUUCCACGAGCUGGGCAUUAUUUGCAUAUGAUGGAGUCACAAACAACCUCAAACUGGCUGACUCAGGAGCGGGUGGUGUGGCAGAGCUGGCAGCGAAGUUUCACAUCUCAAAGCCUCAAUAUGGACUGUGCAAAGUCGGAAGUGUAGAGACAGGAGCCCCCCGGAUCGUGCUGAUCAGCUGGGUUGGCCAGAAUGUCGAUGACUACAGGAGAACAGAAUGUGCCACCCACAUUCCAGCCCUCAAGAACUUCUUUAAGGAAGCGCAUGCUUUCAUUAGUGCAGAGAAAGUGGAGGAUGUGACAGAAGAAAAGAUAAGAGCUGAGCUCAGCAAGGCCCCAGCUCAUACUCCCACACAUUUUGUGCGAAGGAGCUCUAAGUCUGCAGAAAAGGAGGAAUUAGUGGGUACCAACUACAGAAAAACUAAUGCUGCAAUGGAGAUGAGACUGAUAAAUAGAGACUCCUUCUGGGCACGAGCAGAGCGUGAAGAAGAACAAAGGAAAGAAGAGGAGAGGAGAAGAGGAGCUGAGGAGAGACGGCGCCUCGAAAGGGAAAGGAUUCUGAAAGAACGAAGGGAUGAAGAGGAGAGAGACAGAAAAAUGAACGAGAAACUACAAAUGAUUGAGGAGCAGAGAAGGAAACAGGCAGAGCAAGAAGAAGAGCUGCGCAGACAGGAGAAAUUAAAAUGGGAGCAGCAGCAGAGGGAGCACGAGGAAGACAUGAGGGCUCGUCUCAGACGGAGUGAAUCUAUAGAGAAAGCAGCAGAGGCAGCAGUGCUAGUAUCCCAACGCUCCAUGAACCCCAGGGAGUUCUUUCGGCAGCUGUCAUCAUCAUCGUCACAAAGUCCCACCAGCCCUGGAUCCUCCCGCGCUGGCAGACCGUUCAGACGAUACCAGCGGAGCCUGACAGACACAGCCUUCAUCUUCUCUAAAGCAGAAGAGAGUGCCGCAUCCUCCCCUCGCAGUUCUCCCCUGGUCUCCCCCUUUUACCGGGCUCCUCCUUCCCCCAUUUACCGUGCCGUCUCCCCCCCCAUAAGCCCUAAUUUCUGCCUCGCUGCAGCUCCGCAGAAGCCCAGAGCGCCCACGUCACCCCCCUUGUCUCCUCUUCGUCCUGUCCCUCCAGUUUCACCUCUUCCUAGCAUUCCACAAACUAAUAACCAGGCUGCAGAUGAACCCAAAACUACAUCUCCAACAGAACCUUCUGCACCUCCAGCAUCACCUAGUCUCUUGACUUAUUUGUCCCCCACUUUAGCAAAUGUUAACCCCUGUGAGGCACAGCCAGACACCCAGCCUGACGAAUCAGCUUUGCACUCCAAGCCUCUUCUGCCUUCAGAGGCUCCAAGAGCUCCUCUUGCUGAGACUCCACAGCCAAACAGUGACCUCAACACAGCCAGUCAUGUGCACACUGAGCUGGUCUCAGACACUGGCUACAAAGUACAGGCUGUGCUGGUGGAGGAGGAUGAGGAAGAGGAUAUGGAGGAGCAGGAGGAAGAUAAUCCUGAAACAAAACCAGAGCCUUUUGCUGUCACCACAGAACCGGCCCUGAUAGAAAUAGAGGAGGAAGAAGAAGAAGAAGAAGGAGAAGAAAAAGAAAAAGAGGAGGAAGAACAGGAAGAACAGGAGGACCAUGAGAAGGAGGACAAGGAGGAGGAGGUGAUGGAAGAAUUAAAAGAGGAAACUGAGCCAGCAUCAAUCGAGGAACCAGCUGAGAUAGAAACGGAUGAAGAGGAGACAAAGGAAAAUGGAGAGAAGAAUAAUCAGUCAGAAGACAGUCAGCCCACUGCUGAGCUUUCAGAGAAACAGGAAGACUCAGCAGUUGCAGAUGCCGAACCAGUUUGUCAAGAAAUCGAACAUGAGACCGUAACACUGUCGAGCAACGGGAUCGGACUGGGAGAUGACACAGUGGAGCAUAAUGGCAUAGUGCAAUGUGUGAAUCCAUCUGAAACUGAAUUCAGCACUUCAGAGGUGACUACGUGCUACAGUCUCCACGGCACUGCAGAGGAGGACGACAUCAAUGAAGAUGAGAAGCAAGAGAUCUCAGAAAAUGGAAAAGAGGUUUUAGCCGAGCAACAGAUAUGCGUCCGAGCUCUUUACGACUACCAGGCAGAGGACGAAUCUGAGAUCUCCUUUGAACCAGGUGACAUCAUCACGGACGUGGAGACGGUGGACAAAGCCUGGUGGAGGGGAUGGAGCAAAGACGGACGUCAGGGCUUAUUUCCUGCCAAUUAUGUGGAGACCAUAUAGUCAGGCAGACACACGCUAGGACAAAGAUACAGACACAUAGAUACACACUCAGGGACGCCAUCUUCCCUCACGUUAAUGCGUGUUUUUUUAACUUAAUCCUCCCACUGAAACUUUGUACUCUCUAUUUUGUUGGAAGAAUAAAGAAACACGAGGAUCCCUGUUUUGUAGGGAGCAAAAAAGAAAAGUGUAACUCACGAUUUUGAUGUUUUUGAGGAAAACAAAAAUUCUCACAAGUGUGCAGAAAUUACCCAGCCUCAUUUUCUCGGAUAAAAUAGAGAAGACCUUCUCUUACACCAAAAUAACUUAUUUCCUUUUGAGAUGCAGUAGAAAUGUUGGUGGGAGAGAUCAGAUCACAAUGACAAAUGAUCACAAACUUUUUUUUUGUCAAAGAAACACAAACAGAUUUUUAUAGUGUAUAGUCUCCUUUUUGAUCCACGCAUAUAACAAGCAUUUCACUCUGCUCGCCAUUUGUAUACAUGUAUCAGACAUCGUCUUAUAAUCAUCCUCCUGUAUUCCCUGAGUUAUUUUGUAGCACGGCGUUUGUUUCUGAAAGUCUCAGCGCACAGUUAAAUUACCCAAACCAGAACUGAGGUAUAGCAAACGAUAAAAAAAUAAUAACUAUAUUUUAAAUUGGGCUAUAUUUUGUUCAUAUGGUGAUCUCCUCCCAUGCUUUUUGUGAUUAUAGCUUAUCUUUUAUUUGCCUAGAUAUUAACAAAUUAUUGCGUUAUACCAACACAAAGAUGAUCUGAAACAUCUUCCAGGUUUAAUCCUCUUUAAUGUCAUUAUACUCUACACUGUAUAUAAUAAUGUAAAAAAAAAAGUCAAAGUCCUUUUUCUAUCCUUGUUUAUAUGUUUGUUGUUGUAUGCUUGUUUAAUGCUCUUUUAUUUUGUAUUUACUCCAAACUUACAUAGCAUCUACAAACAAAACUAUCUUUAAAAGUUUGUCUCCUGCUUAUUUCUUCACUUUUACUGUUUCAAACAAUCAAAAUACAGUGGUUACUCUCUUUAUUGUUAACUGUCUCUUUCUUUAAAUAAUAUUAAUGCAGCAUUGAUAAUAUUUUACAGUUAAAGCCUUUGCCAUGUGCUUUUUUAAGUAUCGGGAAAAUGUAGUUAUUCUUUUUCAGAAUUCAAGGACUUUUCUUAAAAAAGGAUUUUUAAAAAAUGACUCGACAUUGUAUAAACACAACAAUAACACACAGUUUACUGGCCAUCAUACGGUAUACUUGCAGCCAAAACAACUUGACAGGAACAUUAGUCUUGCAAAAAUCACAUUCGUUCUCAUGUAAGAACACAUUAAUAUCUAAAUAGCAAAUUGUAACAGCAGAACUUCAUGAAAAUUGCAUUUUUUUUUAAGUUUUUAUUUCUUUAAGCAUUUAGUGUUGGGGAUAUUUUAAUAUGCAAGUAUUUCUAUCACACAUACUGUGCCCUGAUUAUUAAAGAACAACAACAAAAAAAUGGUUGUAGCAGUGCUAUAUUUGCACCUAUAGGUGGAGACAUUGCCUUUUCCAAUUUGUCAGUGACAGCAUUUUUGAAAGAGAGCUCAGUGAAAUGAACAGAUUCCUCAGGACAAAAGGCAAAAUAUUUUGACAGGCAGAGAGGGGGCUCAUUGUUACACACAGUUUAGAAGUGGGAUAUCCUGAUGUUUCCAAAGCUAAAAAUUGCUAAUGCUUCUACACCUUAAACAGGAUUUUCCCCUAGGGUAAUAAUGAUUGAUUGAAUUUGACAUUAAUAUUUUUUAACCAUACACCUUUAAUAUUUAUGGGGGGCUAGGUUACGGUCUUGUAGUGCCAGUUCAAUAACAGCGUUUGGCAGAUGUGCCUCUGUUCUGAAAUAGAGAGGUAAUGUUUGACAUGGGUCUCAUCCUGCUUGAACUGAUGCCUGUUGACAGACUGACUAAAUCUAUCCAGGAGACUAUUCUGCUGAAGUUAUCCCAGAAGGCUAAUCAUCAGUGAUAUGUGUGAAAGGGUGAUGAGCCUCUUAUGAAAUACUAAUUGGUUUACAAGGACAAAACCAUGAAAACCUGAAAUGAGCAAAACCGUGAGACAGAAAAAAAAGUAAAAGUUUUAAAGCCGCAGUAAAAUGAGUAAAAAUGGAUACAUAGUGUAAUGCCAAUGUAUAUAAUUUUACAGUCAUAUGCAUGAGAGAGAUAAACAGGCACAGAGUGAGAGAUAAACUCAGAGCGAGAGGGCAUCUGUGCGCAGAGAAUGUAAGAGCAAAUCAAUUGAGACAGUUGCGCCCCCAAUUCUCUCGUGUUGCCAGAUCCCUGUUCUCAUGGUCAUCCCCACAACUCAAGAUAUCCCUUGUCUCUUAAGAUUAAGGAGAUUGAUAGGGAGACACCGGCUAAUGUGCCAGUCAAACUUUCCCUUCCCCUUUGUCUUUAGGCUGUUCCUUCCUUCUGUGACCCUCAUCACUAACAAAACCCCUUUGAGUAAGGUGCUAAAGCACCCCCCCUCCAAUCCCCACCACCCCUACAUUCCCUUUUCCUUUAUCUGUUAUUUAACUGACAGACCCUAUCUGACCGGUCGAGGACUGACGAGUGUGGGACGGCUGAGGUGAAAUGGCGGUAGGGAAGUGCCACUCACUGUAGCGUUAUCAGCACAUUGCCAACGACAGAAACCUAAUCUGACCUGGCUGCUGAUGGCUCGUGGCCUGUUGGUUGUGUUUCUGUUCCGAAGCUGAUUCUAGCGACCCCUGAGAUACUUGUAAGGGGAGGAUAGCGAGCACACAUGCACACCGAUGGAUCCACAUAAGCGUGGGUACGCACGCUUAACACGCAUAUGUUUACAAAAAAAUGUGCGCGUUCACUGCUCUUAGUCCAGAUUUCGGAGGCGAGCCCGUAGCCCUCACCACUGUUAUCUUCAACUUUUUGUAAUUAAUUAUGUUUGAAAGUGGUGUCAGCUAACAUGAGACAAAAAAAACCCCUCCGUCCUUCCUUCUUCAUCCUAACUGUAAACACCUGGGUGACUUUCUUUUUCUUUUUGGCUGAGUUUUCUGCAGUAGGAAGCGUAAAGGAUGGGGUCACCCCCUCUCUCCUCGAGGCUUCAAGUUACCUUAACAGUCUUUGGGUAAGAAAACUGCAUGUUCAGAUCUUCCCUUCUCCAAAGUGCUGUAAAGCAAACAGUCCCUAUUGUCCUCUGCUUUGGUAAAGGUUUUAGUGGAGCUCAGGCAUGCAGUUUUAUUCUUAAAAUACUUAAGAAGCUCCUGGUUUUCCUCGUCCCUUGCUGAAAUAAAGAUCAGUAUUUGUAGGUGCAAGCAUGCAUGAGCCCUCACUGAGAAAAUGGGUUUCACUUUCUUUGUGUUUCCUUGUUCUUUAGGGCAAACAGUCAGUGUAAGCAACAUUUUAUACGAGUGGAUCAAACAUUACACACUGGCAAUAGAUAGCUAGCAUGGUGGUGUAUCAAAAAAAAGAAGAAGACGUGAAUCCAACUGAUGCAGUUUGCUUUUGAGACAAUUUCAAGGCUACAGCAGUUAUCUAGGAAGAAUUUCUCUAAACUGUUAUCCAACAUAAAUCAGCUUUAGCUUGGUGAUAAUUCCAUCUGGCUUAAGUCUUGAUUAAACCUUUGCUUUUAAACUCGUCUCUUGUUCUUGACAUUGUCAUUUUCUGUUUUCCCUUUAAAGAUAAUCUUCAAAACCGCUGAAGUAGAUAACGCCUCGGAAGCUAAUGAUGGCUCCAGCCAAGAUUUUACUGUCAGCAUAGAAACCGGCCCAUUAACUUCUGAAGCCCUCUUUGGCAAAGCUCCGUAUCCCUUCCAUUGCCAUCAAAAAGCUAUUUUCCUCGGCCAGUCCCACACAACCCUAACAAUGAACAGAGGAUUAGAACAUCUCUCAGUCUUGAAGCAAAAAAAAUGCAGAAAUGGAUUUAAAGAAAAAAAAAUCUCUUUUUAACAAUCAUUGGUGAAAACUAGUUGGCAGCAUUUCCACAUCAGGAUUUUUCCUGACGUGAUUCCCGAGAGGCGGUUUUUGCUUUUACGAUACAAUUCCUGCGCUUGCAAUCAGCCAACAUGUGGCAUUGUGAUCCAAUCACAGAGAUUUUUUCCCCCUCUUCAGUUUAUAAAUGGUUAAAUCUCUCAGUCUAUUGUGAAGGAAUCUUCAAAGUGGAUGGAAACCACAGGGGAACAUUGGUAGUUGUUAAUUAAUGCAACAGAAUCUACAAAUGCUUUAUUUUACUGAUUCAAAAGAGGAAAAACAUGCUUUGAAUCUAGCAACAGGCACGUCUAAAUCUCUUACCUCAUCUUCAAGCUGUUACCCUGGACAAUGAGAAGCUGUUGUUUCUCUGAAAACCAUAAGUAUUUUUUUAAUAACUGUGCUUUGGUUCCAGAAGAAAUCUUUCUUUCUCUGGUCUAGAUUUAUUGGGUUUUUAUUCUUCCUGAUCACUUGUGUU